AGCUGUUAGCUUUCCUCCAGAGUUUGUCGAAGGAGCUAAAUAAAGAGUCAAAACAGGCACGUUUGUCAGCGAGCAAGAAACGUAAGGUUUGUCUGCCUUAGUUUACUGAGGUUGGAGAACAUGGUCGUGAAUCUCUGUCUGCCACCCUUUUGUACAACAGUCCAUUGCAACAAGCUGUGUGCAGAUGGCUAUGAUGUCACAAACCUUGUGUCAGCCGACCCGGCUCUACGGCGGCGGGGCUUCAAGCUCGAGUACUUCUUGCGUCCACCUGUACAGGUGACGUUGAAGUUUGGCUUCCAGGUGGAGCUGUGCAGGGUGGAUGUGGAGCUGUGGCCCUGGGGGAUGGACCGAGGACAGGCCUGCAAGAGACUGGAGAUCAGCACCAGCUCUGAUCCUCUACCCUCCCAGAAUACAGACCAAGGCCAGGAACGGGUUCAGCCAAGGCAACAAAUGCAGGGAAAGGACCGGAAACAGAGCAGACAAAAACAACAAGAGCAGGACAGUAAAUCUCGCCAGAGUAACGGCCAUCAUUGGAGGCUUCAGGCCCAACAGUGGGCUGAAGAAGCUCCAGAUGAGCCUCAACAAAGAGGCCAUGCUUUCAAGUGUCAGUCAAACACUGAAUCCAGUAAUCCAGGACCAGAGUUUAAACUGGUAGGUCGAUGCGAACUGAGGGAGGAAACUCAAGUUUGUUUUACACGUUCAAAUUUUAGCCCCAGGCCCCCGUUUCUCUCCACACCAACUCCAAAACCUGCGAACUGUCGGCAAGAGGAGUUGUGGAGUCGGGGUCUGCUCUCAUUAGGCGCUGUGACACAACUUCGCGUGAGCGUGCCAUGGGGCGGUGCAGCGUCUGCUCUGGGGCUCAAGGCUUUGGCUGUGUGGGGGCAACCUGCUCGCUGCUGCCCUGCAGAAGAAGUGGAGAGGAUUAAAAGAGUCCACGAGGCCAGUAAAAGACAGCUGCCAAGACCUGUGUUUUUUGCGUCUUCUGUGAGCCAGACAAAACCAUCAAUGCAAGCUGCCACACCUCCAAGCGAUCCUUCCAUCCCCGAAGAGUUCCUUGACCCCAUAACCCAGGAGGUGAUGAUGCUGCCCAUGCUGCUGCCCAGCGGUGUGUCAGUGGACAACAGCACACUGGAGGAGCACCAGAAAAGGGAAGCAACUUGGGGCCGACCCCCAAAUGAUCCCUUCACUGGCGUCCCGUUUACCUCAACCUCCCAGCCUCUUCCUAACCCCACACUGAAAGGCCGCAUUGACCACUUCCUCCUGCAGAGUGGGAUGGUGAGGAAAGACGGGGUGUUGGGGAGACGAGGGGAGGGAGAGAACCCACAGGCCUCAAGACUUGUAGCCUCCAAGGUAGAUGGACAGUCCCAGUACUCCCAGUGUCUCAGUGAGAGCUCAAUAAACAAUACUGAUAAUCAAUAUAAUGCGGGAAGCAGAAACACAAACAGGACCACACAAAUGGAAGACACCGGACGGGGACAUUCAUCGGAUAAUCGGAAUCUCACAUUUAACUCCCGGCCUGAAGACAGCGCAGACAGUAAAUCAGAUUUGGAGAGAAGAAAAAAAACAGAUCUAAAUGGAAUUUCCAAAAAAUUGACAGAUGAUUUGACGGCUGAGAAGCAACUGCUACCUCAAACAAAAAGACCAAGAUUCGAUGCAGUUUCAGUCCCCAGCUGCAGCUCUCAUGAGCAGCGUUUGUCAGACAGUCUUGAUGAGGCCCUCUUCUCCGCCCUGCAGGGCCGACCCUCCUUCACCUCAAACUUACCCCAACAGAGACGAGCUGGCUCUGAACCACUGAAGACAUCUCAGCACAGUCAGAGUGCAGGCACUUCCAGCAUGCCAACAGGUGAGAAGACGUGCUCCGCAUGUUCCUGUUCGGUCUCCGUUUAUUCCAAAUCUGCAUCAUCCACAUACCGUCUAACCUGCGGACACUUGCUCUGCGGUUCCUGUCUGCGGAGGGAUUCACAACCACUAAACUCUGUUACUGUGUCAACAUCCAAUCACAUCUUGUGUCCAGCCUGCCAAAGCCCUUCUCCACGCAGUGACAUCAUCCGUGUGCAUCAGUGACAGAUGCUGUGAAAAGACCUGUUGUUGUCAAGCCUUUUCAUUGAGCAGUUGCAGCCUUGGUUCUGCAGCUUUUGUACAGACCCUGGAUGUGUAAGGAUGCACAAAAACGAUUGAGGGACAGGAGCACUGGGAGCAAGAGGCCACAAUAAUGAAAGUGGAAAUAGAGUUCACCCAAGGUUGUGUGGUCAUUGUGAAGAAACACACGGGUCAAUCUCAGCUCUUCACCUCAUUCGACGGUGAACAUUCCCAACACUCUUGUAUAGGUUUUGUUUUAUUAAGAGUUCAUUCGGGCAGAAAAUGUAAAUGAAAAGGACUGACUGUGUUCUACUUUUUGAUUACAUUUUUGGUGGGUUGAUAUUGAACUUAAUAUGCUGGCAUGAAUUCCCACAAGGCAAGUGUUUAUCAGGUAGUAUUUUCUAUAAUUUCUAUAAGCUGUGAUAAUUCAGUCCUGUUUCUGUCAUUUCACUCACUGCCUUUAUCACCCCCUACAUUCACUGUCUAGUUUUAUUUAUUGUUGCCAUUCACAGUUUUUCCUAUUAGGUGUUAGGAACUAAAUGUGUGCACAAUGUCUCCAAGAAGACACUAAAAGUCCUCCAGACUGUCCUUGCCCACUUAUUUAUUUUCUACCUCUUAACACUUAACACUAAUUACCUCUGAUAAGGUUGUUAUUGCAUGCACAAAAGGGUUGAACAGACCAAAGUCAGGAAAAACAGCAUUUAUUGGGUUUUUCAAUCAUAAACAGCAUAAUUUAUGUGUUGGUUCCCCUGACAACAAUAAGCUUAACCAAAGGUCAUGAUCCUAUAUCCGCUCAGUAUGAGCAAAGGCUGAAUCAGUUGUUCUUGCAUGUGAAAUGGAGACAUCAGCUUGACUGUUACAGCUACAAGUGGUAAAUAAAGCACUUAAAUGAUGCUAUGUAUUGGAGGGUUAUUUAUCACAGCUCCUACUUGGAAUAUUGACCAAUGAGCUUAUUUUUCUGUUUUAGCCAUGACAGCAACUCAAUUACCAUAAAAAAUGUUGCCAUUCUACGUUUGGAUAUGUUACAUUUGCACAUUAUUAUAUAGCAUUUGUUAAAACUUAACGUCUUGAUACAAAACCAUUGCUUUUCUUCCCACUGACCAAGCAGGUAAUCAGGGAUAAAUCUUGAAAAAAAACAUUGCCUUUUGGGCUUCUAUCCCAGCAGGAAAUUCUGCGAGGUCUUGGUUAAAAAAAACAGCUUUUUGGUCCAUUAUCCCUGCAGGUAAAGCAACAUUGUCUCUGUAAAAAAAACUGCACAACCAGUUUUGUUGUUUGUUGGUCUUAAAACAAAGAUCUGCAGUGGUUUGCUGCUUAGUAGGCGUCUUGGAUUAAGUUUCUCUGGAUUGCAGAAACAAUGACAACAUUUUCUUCUGUUGCUGGGCUGCAGAAAUGUUAAAAAAA